AUGCGACUUCAAUACAAAUACGCUGAUUCCAAAUCCGAGCCACACCAGUUCUAUGUUAAGUCUCAAUGGCAACCGCCACCACAGCCCUCCGUGGCUCUUGAGACAUUUCUAGAACUAACUAAAUCGGAAUUAGCCAAUUUAUCUUUCGAAGCGCAAAGUGAUAAUAUCACUACAGGCGAAAGGCAAGCCCUAAAUGAUCUAAAAAAUAACAGAGACAUUAUCAUAAAAAAAGCUGACAAAGGAACCACUACUGUCAUUUGCGAUACUUCUACCAAAAUCAAAGAAGGCACCGAACAACUUCUAGAUGAGAAGUUUUAUCAACCGCUUUCUAAACCCAUUGUAGAAGAAACUGCUAAAAAAGUUCAAAGAAUCGUUGAUUCACUGAGAACAGGCGGUUUUAUCGACAAAAUGACUUACAAGUGGCUCAACGACGGUCAAAAACCUAUCCGGAUACCCGAAUUUUACACUCUCACUAAAAUUCACAAGAAAGUUCCGAUAGGCCGACCAAUCGUUUCAGGGAGCAGGGGCCCCACAGAGCGUAUAUCGUCCUUUGUAGAUUCACUUCUACAACCUAUAGAGCAAAAACAAAAGUCUUAUCUCAAAGACACAACGCAUUUUAUCAACUUUAUCGAGUCAACAGUCAUCCCUGACUCAGCGUUUUUAACAUCGUUCGAUGUUUGUGCUCUCUAUACCAACAUCCCCCAAGAUGAAGGUAUCGAAGUAGUCUGUCAACAAUACGAACAACACUAUAACCCCGUACUACCCGUCCCCACAGAAUCUCUGAGGGAACUUAUGGGGCUUAUACUGAAAGAAAACUCUUUUAAGUUCAAUGACAAGCACUACCUACAAACGCACGGCAUCGCGAUGGGUACUAAAAUGGCCGUAGCUUUCUCUGUCAUUUAUACGGCACAUAUUGAGGAAGAACUCCUACGCCUUAGUCCCUACAAACCGCUAGUCUGGAAGAGGUUUAUUGACGACAUCUUCGCAGUGUGGACUAUACCGGGUGAUAAAAUCGCGAGUUUCUUAAACUUUGCGAAUGUUUUCCACCCGACUAUUAAAUUCACGCACGAGUUGUCACAGGAAACCAUCACCUUCCUCGAUACAGAAGUUUUUAAAGGCGAAAGAUUCAUGGAUUCUAAUAUCCUUGAUGUCCGUACACACUUUAAGCCAACUGAAACCUUUCAGUACACGCACUUUUCCUCUUGUCACCCUCUUAGUAAUAAGAAGGGUUUUGUCAAGGGAGAAGGCCUACGCCUGUUGAGAACAAACUCCUCACUCGCCUCCUUCAAAACCGAAAUUCGCAACUUUACCGAUCGCCUUCUAGAACGCGGUUACCCGAGCGAUUUCAUAACAACAAUUCUGGCGAGUGUUAAGUUCACAGACAGUCUCUUACAGAAGGGAGAAAUCACUCAAAGACUUGUUAGUCAGAGCUAA